AUGAGUCUCAAAAUUCUUAUGGGACCAUGGAGAUCCAUCAAAAAAUCAAUUUUAUCUAGUUUCAACAGGAGUUUAGGUUCACAAGAAGACUCCGAUUUGACGUGUAUGGAAGUGAAGAAUGAUGAACUCAAAUCAAAUUCUUCGUCUGGAAUUAUGAAAGCAGAAAAUGUUUACCCGUUGAAGAAAGUUUCAGCUUCAACCAAAGAUCUUGCUUCUGAGGUGUGCUCAACAGAUUUCUGCAAACUGGAUCCUAUUUCUACGGAGUUGUCGUACGAAACAAGAAUCAGAGAGCCUGUGGUUGCUACUACUUUACAACUUGGUCCUCAAUUAAGAAUUGACGAAGUUCUCGCUGAACUGAAUAUCCUUGAUGCAGACAGCGAUGUCCAUUCAGAGAAUUCUCACAGUCUCUCUGAGAGAUCUCCAAGAAGAAGCGAAAAAGAUUUUGCACACAUUGCGCAGCGGCAAAUCUCUGAAAUUAACUUUGUCCACGCAUCAAAAAUCGAUACCUCAAGAAUUCAGAAUAGCUCAAAGAGAGAAAGUCCGGCAAGAGCUUUGACUUUAAAGUCUCCGAACUAUUACGAAAGGCAGCUCCUCCGUAGAAGGGAAUCUGCGGCCAAAUUUCAGCUUGAUUUUGAUCAAACUUCAAGAGAUGCUGUUCGCUCUACCUCUCUCCCAUAUAGGACUACUGGAUUUGCGUUCAAUUGUACUUCAGCAGUACCAAGUUCCUUUGGAUUGGAACAGAUUCCCCACGAAGAUUCUGAUGCUGUCAUGGAUUUAGAGCCGAAAGCCGAUGAAAGCUACAAUUGUUUGCAUCUGUCAAAAAGAUUCUCAUUUCCGGCUCUCAGCCAAUCAUUAUCGAUUAAAAGAAAGCAAUUCAGUAGUGUGGCCACACCCAGAAAUAAAACAUACGAGAAUACUCUUCCACAAAGCUUGGAUACAAAAUCUUUUUCUAAAGGAUCCCAUGAUGACUUUCCAAAUUCUCAAUUGGCGGCUGAAUUUGGAGGUCCCAAACAGAUCUUAGAGAUUAAUGCUGGUGCCGACCAAGCCGAUUAUGACACAGAGAAUUUACUGGCUCAAAUUGAAUCUGUUUUUAAGAAGGCUACGCCCUCUUCGGAAUCACUUUCUGAUGUGUUUGGUUCACAAAGUGAAUCACCCACGCAAACUGACUACGAUACUAAUUUCGAUCAGGGAACUACCAUAAGAAUUGAUACAUCUAAACAAGAAUUCUUGAAAUCUGGUUUAAAUCAAGUCCAUUCAGUAAGGCUGGAACUAAUUGACGAUGGUUAUACUCAAAUGACCGAGGAGGAUCGUUGCGAGAAGAACUCAACGUCAAGCAUUGGCAGUCAAGGCAAAAGCAAGAGCUCGAGAAAAAGAGCGUCAGCAAAAACUGUGACACUGAAAUUAUGGAGCUGUAUUGGAUGGAAGCGCAAGUACGCAAAAGCGUUUAUUGGCUCUAUUCUUUUGAGUUGGAAGCCCGACAAUGCACAAUUUAAGCUAUUGUUGCCACCCGUCAAUCGUACUCUUGCCAUUGUCAAAAACAAGAAGAUCAACUCAAACGCGAUUCUAACCUUUGAUGAAUCGGAGACUACAACUAAAACCCUAGCGCCAGCCAAAACCUUGCCCAAAGCCUCAACCUACUAUGGCGGUGCAUCACAAGAAGAUUUAGGCGAACUACAUGACGGAUCCUACAAAACUGAUGUUACAAUUGUUCGACCUUCAUCAGCUCCAGCUAAUCAAAACUACAAAUUAGAGUUCUUGGACGAAGCGUUCGAAAACUACUCAGCACUGCCCUUAAUCUAUAAGCGCCUAUCUCUAUUUGCCAAGACUCACAGCCUAGACGACUCUGCAGUAGGGGCGCUCAUGUACAUGGUUUCUUCUGAAGCCAAGUGA